GCCGAAGGUAGACGGUUAACGACUGAGCCACCCAGGCGCCCCACCAGAGGUCAUUAUUGAUCGGAGAGGAAGAAAGGCUUAGAGGAGAAACCUUGGAUGAUCUUUCAGAUUGCAGUGCUGAAACUGAGUGCCCAGCUUGGGGCUGCAGUACUUCCCGGCUGUUACCCAGUGAGUUCCGUGUCUAAUUGCCUAGGAGGACAUUUUUAUGGUGUUGAGUGUUUAGAAGAUUGCGAGUCUCGCGGCAGCCUCUUCAGUUGGUUUGGCCAAGUGCAGGUGCUGUGGCAGCUCUUGGCUGGCUGCUCGGCUUUGAAACGGGCAUGCAAGAGAGUAGAAGCCGCCGGCGCAGAGUGGGGCUGCGCCCCCGCAAAGCUCAGCACCCUGGUGUCCUGGACCAGCGAGGGGCUGCCACAUGUGGGGAUCCCUCAGAACGGUGGAAGGAGCUCAGCCCAGCCUUGCCCGAGAUGUAUUGCGGGGGAGUCUGUUGGCGUGUGGUCCCUUCCCCGUGUGGUCUGUGCUGGCGGCCUUUGCAGUGACGACUGCUUCGGCCUGCCAUGAGGUCCCUGCCGUGGCGUGUGCUGCUCCAUAGAGGUACUGACAACUGCAGGGAGACCGUCUUUGUAGUGGGACAUGGUGCUCUGUCCUCCAGGGUGUCCGCCCUGCCCCUCCUGCUGCCCUGUCUGGGACUACAAGUCCAGAAGCAGCGCUGAUGGCCGACGGUCGCCGUCCAGGGACCCCCUUUCCCUCACAGAAGGUUGCUCAGCUGGGCCCGGCCUCGCCAGCACGCUUCCUUCCUCGGGUCAUCUCAGCCUGCCUGGCCCGGAGUCCAUGGCAGCCGAGGGGCAGGUGGAGACCACGCCGUCCUUCGCAGAUUCUAACCCAUUAAAUGAAGCCUGAUGGCUUAGCAAGCUGUCCAAGCAGUUGAAUGAAGCCCCGUGGUUGGAGGGGUUGCCGUAUGAGGCAAAAAACUCUAGGAAGAACAGAUUUCCCUUGUUUGCUGAGGCAGAGAUGCUGGGUUCCCGCCACCAUGCUUUCUGAGUGGUGUCUGGCCUCUGACACCACAGCUCCCCAGUGCAGGGGCCCUUCAGGGGCAUCCUCAGAGUUUAUUGGGUCGGCAUAAUGGCCCACUGCCUGUUCUUCUUCAGCUCUGUUACCCACCUGUGCUCUGCUCUGCUCUGCUCUGUAUUGUGGACACUUCUUGGCUUCUGGUUUCUGACCCUGGACGUUGGAGUGUGGGGGAGGGUGGGUUGGGAGCCAGAGCAUCUCUCCCUCUGUCCCCUCCCUCCAUGAUGCCAGCUCUGGCAGGGUUGUCCCCCAUGGUCCCAGCUCCUGCAAGGUUGUCCCCCUGUGGUCCCAGCUCCUGCAGGGACAGACUCCUGGGCUCUGGGCCAUGCGGCUGCCUCCCUUGGUCCUCCCCACCCGGGGGAGUUUGCGGCUGUCUGGGGGGGGAUAUCUGGUUGCCUUGCCCUCCCCCACGUGGCUUUUCUAUUCUUCUAUCAUUUGUUGCUUGAAGCCACCUUAAAUUCCCUGUGUGAGGUACCUGGAUUCCUCUCUGACUAGACCCUUUCGGGGUUAAUUACCUAAUGAGUGGACAAGUCCUCCUGGGGGAAAAAAGAAAAAGAUUGCUGUUUUAAACAUGGGCCUCUGGGGGUCUUUGUUGCCCACCCUCAGGUCUCCGGGUCUUGUCCAGCAAGCUCAGCGUUCGGGAGUGCGGGCAGAGCCUGCCCCAGCUCGGAGUCGCCUGGGCGGUCUGGUGAGCCUGGGCACUAGACUGAAGGAGUCAGGCCCUUUCGUAUUGCUCGCCCCCCGGUGUGUGUGUUCUGUUGCCCAGACUGAUAGUGAAUUGCCAUAUAAAGGCCAAUGUGCACAGCAUGAUGUGUUGGUUUUAUGCUCCCUGCCCCACCACAACACACACCAACAAGUUGAUUUUGGAUAGUGGACCGUCCAUUAGUGUUGAGGCUGAUACUCAGGGAGUAGUCUCAGGAAGCCUCUGUGCUCUUCACUUUUUGUUGAAACACACUGCCUGACCGUGGUGAGGAGGGCUGGGCGCAGAGAUCGAGGGCGGGGCAUCCGGGGCUUGGUCCAUGCCUGCUGACUGGUGUCCCCAUGCUGGCUGGCGUCCCUGUAGGGACAGCGGGGGCAGCCCAAGUGUGCUUAUUCUGAUUCUAAACAGAUACAUUGUUUUCCUCGCACUUUUUGUCUCCAAAUGGGCGACCUUUAAAAUAUUUGUUGUAUUUUGUAUACCUGUCUGUCUUAUUGGUGAUUGCUUCCUGCCUCUGUGGCAUCUGUAAACAAAGCCCUGAAGUAGGAACGGCCCUGAAGCUAGUGUGCAGGAGUCUGCCGUUGCCGGAGCCCGCGUCAAGGCAGGGGGGUGGCUGCACCGCUCAAGCUUAGUGGCCCAGGUGUUAAGCCGCGGACGAGGCGGAGAUGAAAAUGUAACGUUCUGACACAGAUGAAGGAAGAUCGAUGUGCAGGGGUCUGCUCUUUGUGUCCUGUUUCAGCAAUCGCUAGUUCUUGUCAGUCCUCUGUUUUUACGUCCUGAGAGGAGAAAACGCAAUCAGGUGGGAUCAAGGGAAAUUUCAUUGAUUCUUCUGUGAGAAUCAAAUUAUGCUUGUCCAUUUUCCCCAGGUUUGUCAAGGAUCCUAGAAUUCAUUGAACCCCAUCCAUUUACAGAUAAGGAGCAUUGGGUCCACUGUGGUUGGUGGGCGGGCUCCCGGCCCUCUCUGCUCCUCUUGGCCGGUCCGUGUGCUCGGCGUCAGACCGCCAGCCUCCCACUGGGGGCUGCCCCACACUGGGCCUGGCGAGCAGCUCACCCCCCGCGAGGCGCUGCAUUGAGGCUGUGGGUCUUCGCGGACGUCCCACCUGGACCCAAGCGGAGCUCCCAGGAGAAGGCGCAGGCCGAGUUACUCGGACUGGAAGACCACUGGCCAAGAGAGGAGUUGGCUGUGUCAGUACAGCCGAGUGUGAAUCCCAAAAUAGAGGCGUUUGAAUAGACUUGCUUACAAAAUCUUCAGAUUUAGCUUCUGGCGAUAAAUGCUUUCUCUAGAGUAUGGGAAUCAGGAAAAUAGUUUUGUUUUUUCUUUUUUUUUUUAAACUAUGCUAUUGAGAUAAUUUCCAGGCUCUGAAGGAACACAGAUGACUAGAAAAACGAAACGAAUGCUUCGUUCUCUAUAAAUAGAGUGAGUGAAACUCUGAGGAGAUGGUGACGUGGAUUAAAAGCACUUUAAGGAGGGGCACCUGGGUGGCACAGUGGUUAAGCGUCUGCCUUCGGCUCAGGGUGUGAUCCCGGUGUUAUGGGAUCGAGCCCCACAUCAGGGUCCUCCACUAUGAGCCUGCUUCUUCCUCUCCCACUCCCCCUGCUUGUGUUCCCUCUCUCGCUGGCUGUCUCUAUCUCUGUCGAAUAAAUAAAUAAAAUCUUAAAAAAAAAAAAAGCACUUUAAGGAGAACAUCAUUUAGCCUUGCUCGGAGCCUGCUCGGCCAUGUCACCCUUUGCUGUGGGUGGACGUGUCAGAUACGUGGUCAGUCUGUCUUGAGUGCAGACAGGACAUGGAGCGUGAUGGCCGUGACGAGGUCCUCUGUUGGGUUUGGUCCUGGAAUGGGCCAGGGAGCUAGGGGGCUGGAAUUCUAAUGCCAGAAGCAGAUGUGACUUUGAGCGGUGGAGGCGUGGCGGCCAGAAUCUGGACCCUUGCAGAAAGUUCUGAGCUGGGGAGACCUGGCUAUACCUUAAGGGGAUUAGAAAUUAAAAUACCAGGCCAUACACAGGUAUGGGCUCCAAGUUUCUUCUGUCCCAGCGGUACAAGAACCAAAAGGAAAGCAUGAACAUAAAAAUAGAUACAGACUCUUGAAGUCCUUUAAGGCCUUGGACGGUGGCAAAUGCAGAGUCAUCCUAUGGGCACACCUGCACCGUCCACGGCACACAGGAUUCAGAGCUGAGACUGCACGGAGGAUGUCACGUCAGAACAAUAUAACCGACGUAAACAGAUCUGCCUCUGCGAGGCUGCAGGUACGUCAGGAAUUAUGACAAACAGGACAAUGCAAGCCUCCAGGUUCUGAACUGCAUCCCCUGUAUGAAGUACACUGUAAAGAUAAUUUUUUUUUAAAUUUCAAAAGCAAACGAUUAAGAAGAAAUAGAGCCAGGGGCACCUGGGUGGUGCAGUGGGUUAAGCGACUGACUCUCGGUUU